UUAAUGUUUUAUUUAAAUAAUUUAGGGUCGAAGUUUUUCUCUUCACGGUCAAUUUCAUUGUCGUUAAAAAUGUGAAAGUCGGUGGCUGAGGUGGAAAAACAGAAAGUGACAAAUGAAAUGAGAAACAAUGCAGACCGUCACUACAAUAAUAUAAUAAAAAAAAUAAAGGCGAAUUCCUUAUUGAGACUGAUUAAAUGUGUUUAUAUGCAUAUGUUUGUGGUGUUGUUUAGUGAUUCUGGUGGUCAGUGUGUCCCGCGCUGACGUCACAGGGUGGACACCGUCUUUACUAGCUUCUUUUCUUACUGCUAAAUUUUCAGCGAUGUUCAGUGUCAAUGUUGGACUCAAAUUCCCAGAAUUCACUGCAGCUAUUAUUUAUAUGGCACAGCUGGACACCACGUGCCCACAGUGGUGUUCCUGCAGAGGCUCUGAGGCUUGAUCUUUUCUAGACAGAGACGAAGUAAGAGCUCUAAAUCACACUGCAGCUCCAUUUGAAGGUCUGACGUGGUCGUCCUCUCGCUCCCGGUUUUUGCCGAUGUUGUCCCAUGUUCGCCGUCUCGUCCAUUCCUCCUCCGUUGCUCUCUCCUCUUCCAGACAUUCAUCUGCUUGUCACAUGGAAGCCGCGUCCGCUCGGCCGGUCGAGACGUCCAUUCGCACCAAACUGACUCAGGCUCUUGCUCCGGAGCACCUGGAGGUGCUGAACGAGAGCCACAUGCAUGCCGUGCCCCCGGGCUCCGAGUCACACUUCAGGGUUCUGGUGGUGAGCUCUCGCUUCGACGGCUUGUCUCUACUGCAGCGCCACCGACUGGUCAAUGAGACCCUGAGCCACGAGCUAAGCACCAGCGUUCACGCUCUUGCCAUCCAGGCCAAAACGCCCCAGCAGUGGAGCAGUGACCCGAGCCUGGCCAAGAGCCCGCCCUGCCUCGGAGGAUCCAAACACGACAGCACGGUGGCAGAGAAGCUCAAACUGGGAUCUGACUGAUCUGAUCCUGAGAACUUAUGGGGAAUGGAAACACUUAAAGAUUAGUUAUUUAAUAAUGAUCCGUUUUAGAGAGCAGUGAGGAGCUGUUGUUUGUGUGUGUGUGUGUGUGUGUGUGUGUCCAUGUUUUUUUGGACUUUAAACACACCACACUGAAUAAAAGUGUAAAUUAUUACAAUGCUGCUUUCCUUAUCAGUCUGUUUUAUGUGCUCUUCUUUACGGAUAUUCGCAUAAAACUCAAUAAAAUAUUUGUGGGGAAAUAUCUAUGCAUUCCUGAAGUCAUGUCUAUGUUGUUAUCAAUGACCUUAAAAUAAAAUGAAUCAAAUAAACGGGCGCAAGCCCCACCUACUUUGA